CUUGGAUUUAGUAACACCCGUGUCAAAUGGCGUUUUCAGCGAGUAUAUCUGACAACUUGGCCUUAGAGAUAAAAAAUAGACUUAUUAAUGCCAUUUUGACAUUUUCCUCUCGAUUUGAUUUGAUACAAGGACUCAUAGUUUAUAGAAUUGGACAGGGAUUAAAACCAAACUCAAUACUAUUGUCGCAACGUUGUGCUCCAUCGAAUGAAACACUUGAUAAUGCAGAUAUAGUGUUUGACGAGGUUUCGAGACUGGAAGUACACUUAGGUAUUAUAAAACCUAUAAAAGAAUAUACCAAGAAAUAUCUUCCGGAAGAAAGAUGCGUUUUUAUCAAUGCAACUGUAUACAUAAAUCUGAAGGAAAAUUUAGGAUACGUGAUAACAAUAAAUAAUUGCUUUAGCCUUUUUGAAGAAGGAGUUUUAGAGAGCCAUGACUUAAGAUCACCGAUAUGCUCUUUUUCAAAAGAACUAUGCCAAGACCUAGAAGCUGCUAAUAAUGCCUGCUGUGAUAGUCUAGACUUUAAGGAAACUGUUCGUCUGUACAAGAGACGAGUAGCUGACGCUUGUAGAGAAGACCUUAGAAUGACUCUAAGACCAGACGGUGAAUCUCUUGAUAUUAAAAAACACAGAAAAGAUACUUUUGAAGAACUACCGGGAACAAAAAGACUUAAAACUGACUGGACUUGCUUGUCUUGUAACACUAUUUUCGAUGAACCAGAAAGUUAUGAACAACACGUUCAUGAGCAUAUAAAUAGGCUAAAUCGACACGUACCAUCUAUGUUUUUGACAUGCGAAGCUGAUGCACAUGGAAAUGCAAUAAUUAAAUGCGGAAUUUGCAAGGAAUUGACUGACAAAGGGAAGCACGUUCUAAAAGUACAUGGAACGCUUUUAGGUGAUAGGUUAGUUGACAAUACGAAAAAAGGUGUUCAGAAAGAUAAAUCUCGACUAGAUUGCCCUUUGUGCCGAAAUGCUUAUCCACAGUAUUACGAUCUACUUCGUCAUAUAAGAUCAUCUCAUCUACAGUACGACAAAUUCCGUUGUCCCGAAUGCAAAAGGCAGUAUGUUAGUGGAGUGGGUAUACAUAAACAUCUGAUAACGGAACAUUAUCAAUAUUAUGUAGAUUUUUACCAUGCUAAAAAGGAAGACUUUUUUCCCGAUGUUCAAAACUUAUCAUUGAGUGCCGUAUAA